UCUGAGUAGGCAGUGGCCAGCAACAACCCAGGAGCUCGGGCCGCUGACUGAGUGUCCCCAGGGAAACAGAGGACAGUGUCUGGACAGGAAUGAGUGUCAGAGCCACGCGGCCCCGGAGCCGUCGAGGGAGACCGGCUCCACCGGGUGAACUCGAUCCUGUGGCUGAGAGCUCAGAGGAAGCCGAAGCGGCCGGCAGCAACACCAGGCGCAGCGCAGACGCAGUACGGGAGGAAGCCAGGCCGCAGCCGCUGGAGCCCGGGGCCGAGGCCAGCGACCAGGGGCUGGGGGACGGGGCUGAUGGGGACCCAGAUGGAGACGCUGGCGGGGUGCCAUGCCCUGAGGGACCCCAGGAGCCGCCCGCCGCAGCUCAGCAGCCCCCCGAGGCGGAUCCAGCGGAUGGGGGCGCCGAGCCCACCGGGCCGGGGGCCCCCGAUGUGUUUCACACCCUCCAGCAAGCGCUGAGCUCCCUGGAGGCGGCGGCGGCUGCCUGGCGCCUGAAAACUCCACACACCUUCCAGGUCCAGGAGCUGCAGGAGACCCUGAGGAGGGUGCGGUCCUCCCCGCCCGGGUCUCCCGGAGGCCCAGGCAGUGACUCCAGCAGCUCGGGGGCCGACACGGAGCCCUGGGGUGCUCGGGGCUCCUCCUCAGUUUCCUCCCUGCUCCGGCUGCGUGAUUCCAGCUCCCAGAUCCUCGGGCCUGUGUCCAUGCCGGUCUGUGGGCCCGCAGAGAAGCUUCUGGAAGGCCGGGUGGAGCAGCUGCAUGGGAACAUGGAGAAGCUGAAGUGCUUCAACCGGCUGCUGCUGGCGGCGCUGCGGGGCUGGAAGGGCCGCUGCGAGGAGCUCAGCCUGCACGUGGGGCGGCGCGCGGCCGAGGCCACGGCGCUGGGCCUGGCGCUGCACUACAGUGAGAGCUGCGAGGCGGCCUACGGGGCCCUGCUGGCACUCCGAGAGGCCGACCCUGCCCGGCGGACCCCGAGGCCCAAAGCUGAGCUGCAGCGGGCUGCGGAGGAGGCACGCAGGCUGCUGGCGGCCGUGGACGGGGGGACACCCCCGCACAGCCCCGAGGGCAGCAGUGCGGAUAAGCCCAGGCCACAGGAAGUCGCCACCCAGCUCCAAGCCCAUAUCCAGCGGCUUCAGGAGCGCAGGGCCCUCCUGAAGAUCCCCGAGCCCAGCCCCUCCGCAGCAGCGAGGCUCACCGCGCCCCACGGCGAAGCCAUGGUGCAGGCCAUUCUGGAAACCCAGCCCAGCCCGGCUCUGCCCCAGCUGGAGAAGACCCAGAUCCAACAGGGCUUGAUGGCCACGCGGGAGACCCUGGCUGAUCUGAUGCUGCAGCUUCAGCUGGUGCGCAGGGAGAAGCGGGGCCUGGAGCUGCGGGAGGCCGCGCUGCGGGCCCAGGGCCCCGCCCACGUGCUGCUGCUGGAGCAGCUGCAGUGGGAGCGCCCCGUCCCUUGGGGCACCCCGCCCGCGGGAAGCCCCCCAGCGCGCGGCCCCUUUGGCCUCGCCCUCCCGGUCCCGGGCUCCUGGCAGCCUGGGCUGCCAGCUAGAGGGCGUGCGCUGCCGCGCCCGGCCUCUCCGACCCGGCCGUGCGCCAGCUUCCCCGGGUCUCUGUCCACGCAGUGCCCAACCCGAACGCCAGUCACUUCCUGGCCACGUCCCCAGCCCGAAUUCACCUCCUCCUGGAAGCCCCCCGGCUGGCUGCGGCCGGAGCUGCCCCCACGGCGGUUUCGGGCUCUUCUCAGAGUGAGGGCAGAGGCUCCAUCCAGCACCCUGCUGCCCGCUGGGCCUCCCGCCUCCCUUGCUGUGUCCCCGCAGGGUCUCCCUGCCCUCCCGGGGGGUGAGGAAGGUCGGGACCCACAGAAGUUGUCCCAGGAACUGGCUGCGUCCCUCGCUAGGUCCCGGGGCCUCCGGCAGCAGCUGCAGUCCCUCCGGGAGCGCCUGGAGCAGAUGGCCCGCAGGGGCCGAGCCAGCCGCGCUCAGAGCGCCGAGCUGCACCGGGACCUGUGCCGAGCUCACAGCGCCCUGGUCCUGGCCUUCCGCGGGGCCCACCGGAAGCAGGAAGAGCAACGCCGGAAGCUGGAGCAGCAGCUGGCCCGGCUGGAGGCCCGGCAGGCCGGAGAGCUGGCCCGGCUGGAGGCCGCCACACCCAGCCGCACCCUCCCCACAGCAGCCGACCCAGAGCCCAGCAUCCAGAAGGUUCUGGGCCCCGGCACUCUGCACCCAGCCCCAGAGGGCUCCCCGCCCCCUUGA